CCGGUUUCCGGACCCAUCUCUAUGGUGUCGGAGGGAGCAUACCCCCCGAAGAUUGUGGGUGUAGUGGUCACAGCCUCACGGGGUAGACGAGGGUGGUUGGUGUCAACAGGGGGCGAAGAGGGGACCGGAGCCAAGACCCUCGGCCGCCUCCCCGCCGCCCUCCCGCAGCUCUCCUUGGCUUUGUGGAGGAGCUGCAGCACCGCCUCACUGCGUAAGGGAUGGGAUCAGAGAGCAGUGCUUUGAAGAGCUACGCGCUGAAGGAGCCACCUUUCACCUUACCCUCCGGACUUGCCGUGUACCCCGCUGUUCUGCAGGAUGGCAGAUGUGCUUCCGUCUUCGUGUAUAAGAGAGAAAAUGAAGACAAAGUUAACAAAGCUGCCAAGCAUUUGAAGACACUUCGUCACCCUUGCUUGCUAAGAUUUUUAUCUUGCACUGUGGAGGCAGCUGGGAUUCAUCUGGUCACCGAGCGAGUGCAGCCUCUGGAGGUGGCUUUAGAAACGCUGUCUUCUGCAGAGGUCUGUGCCGGGAUCUACGACAUAUUGCUGGCUCUCAUCUUCCUUCAUGACCGAGGACACCUAACACACAACAAUGUCUGCUUAUCAUCUGUGUUUGUGAGUGAAGAUGGGCACUGGAAGCUGGGAGGAAUGGAAACCGUCUGUAAAGUUCCUCAGGCCACCCCCGAGUUUCUGAGGAGUAUUCAGUCAGUCAGAGACCCAGCAUCUAUCCCUCCUGAAGAGAUGUCUCCAGAAUUCACAACCCUGCCUGAGUCACACGGACAUGCCCGGGACGCCUAUGCGUUUGGGACAUUGGUGGAAAGUUUGCUCACAAUCUUAAGUGAACAGGUUUCAGCGGAUGUUCUCUCCAGCUUUCAACAGACCUUGCACUCAACCUUGCUGAAUCCCAUUCCAAAAUGUCGGCCAGCGCUCUGCACCUUACUGUCCCAUGACUUCUUCAGGAAUGAUUUUCUAGAAGUUGUGAAUUUCUUGAAAAGUUUAACAUUGAAGAGUGAAGAGGAAAAAACUGAAUUUUUCAAAUUCCUGCUGGACAGAGUCAGCUGCUUGUCAGAGGAGUUAAUAGCUUCACGGUUGGUGCCUCUUCUGCUUAAUCAAUUGGUGUUUGCGGAGCCGGUAGCGGUUAAGAGUUUUCUUCCUCAUCUGCUUGGCCCCAAAAAAGACAGCGCGCGGGGAGACACCCCUUGCCUGCUGUCGCCGGCCCUGUUCCAGUCGCGGGUGAUCCCUGUGCUGCUUCAGCUGUUUGAGGUACACGAGGAGCACGUGCGGAUGGUGCUGCUGUCUCACCUGGAGGCCUACGUGGAGCACUUCACUCAGGAGCAGCUGAAGAAAAUCAUCUUGCCACAGGUGUUACUGGGCUUGCGUGAUACCAGCGAUUCCAUUGUGGCAAUUACUCUUCACAGCCUAGCAGUGCUGGUGUCUUUGCUUGGACCAGAGGUGGUUGUGGGAGGAGAAAGAACCAAGAUCUUCAAACGCACUGCCCCAAGUUUUACGAAAAUGGUCGACCUUUCCCCAGAAGAUUCUCCCCCGCAUGUCGUCUGUAGCCAGCAGAGUCAGAUGGCGCCAAUCAUGGAGAACCCCUCCUCUGGCACAUUCCCUAAAUGUUUCUUUUCUGGCAGCAUGCCCGUCAGCAAGAAGCACAUACAGCAAGAUUGCUACAAUACUCUUUUACAGACAGGUCAUCAAUUUCCUCAGCCUAUUAAAUUUCCCAUGAAUGGGCUCUCAGAUGUGAAAAAUACCCCAGGAGAUAGUGAGAACUUCCCACCAAGUUCUAAAAAGUCUGAGGAGUGGCCUGACUGGAGUGAGCCUGAGGAGCCUGAAAACAGAGCUGUCAGCAUCCAGAUUUGUCCCACAGAAGCCUGCCAUACCUCCAUAUCCCCACUCACUAACGUGAACACGGAGGAGGUGGUGUGGGAUGACUUUGAACCCAGCAGCUUAGAUACUGAAAUAAGUGCAAGAGGUGGAGUCUCAGCUGUCAGCCGGGGUACCUCAAGGGAACAGGAGGCUAUUCCUACUUUGGUUUCACUCACUGAAGAGUCCAAACCUUUGAAAUUGAGUCUACCCCAAAAGACCAAUCUUGCACAAAGUGGGGAUGACCCAGACCAAACCAAGCCACCAAAAGUGUCAUCCCAAGAAAGGCGCCUUAAGGCUCCAUCAGAACUUGGUUUAGGAGAGGAGUUUACCAUUCAAGUAAAAAAGAAGCCGGUACAAGAUCCAGAGUUGGACUGGUUUGCUGAUAUGAUUCCAGAAAUUAAGCCUUCAGCUGCUAUUCUUAUUUUGCCUGAACUGAGGACAGAAAUGAUGGUUUCUGACAAGGAUGACAUCUCACCAGUGAUGCAGUUUUCCUCAAAAUUUGCUGCAGCAGAGAUGACUGAGGGAGAGUCUGAAGGCUGGGGAGACGAAGGGGAGCUGAACUGGGAAGAUAAUAACUGGUGACAACGGGUAUAACUUUAGGGAAAAGGAUUUCUUUAAAAAAAAAAAAAAUCAAACUAAUACCUCAAAGUGGGCUCUGCAGACAAGAAAACCCAGAAGCAUCUGUUUUUCCCAUCUGUGCCAACUGAAGCUCGAGCCCCCGAGUGCUGGCUGGUACCCCGGCAGCGAAGAGCCCCCAGCGCUGGUUUUGCAGAGGAGGAGCCCGUGUGCGUCUGACAGGCCAGUUUCUGUGAAGAGCAAGUAGCUAUGGAAAGGUUGAAUUUACUGCUUUUUUCCAGGACAAUUCCAGAAGAAAAUAAAUACAAAAAUUCAAGCUGA